AUGACGUACGAAAGGAUAAAGUUUACUGUUACCAGAAUUGUAUCAGAUAAUGCCUCAAAUUUUACUAGUGAGGAAUUUGCUAUAUUCAUGAGAAAGAAUGGCAUUCAUCAUAUGAAAUCUUCUUAUCAUACUGCUUCCAACAACCUAGCCGAGCAAGCAUACCGAAUCACUCAUCAUUCUAGUACUGGCGUUUCUCCAGCUAAAGUUAUGUUUGGUCGACCUCUGAGAUCACCAAUGGAUGCAAUUCGUCUAGAUAUUGGAGCUACAUCUCAACAAAAGCAAAAGAACCUGCAUUGUGGUCAGGUUAAGUUGAGAGAUUUUUAUGUUGAAGAUUUGAUGUAUGUAAACAAUUAUGCUUCUGGUCCUACUUGGUUACCAGGGAGAAUAAAAGAAAAGUCCCUAGAGACUACUUCUAAUACUCAAGAAACUAUAGAGGAUGCAGCAUCCCCAGUCCUGCCUCUUCCUAUAGAGCAAGACACUAGUAAUUAUACUGAAGAUAGCACUGAUAGUACUACCAGCAAUGCUACUGCUGAUGACACUGCUGGUGUUCCUAAGGCACCAGGUACAACUAGUAUAACUGCUACCAAUCGUAUAAGUAAUCGUACAUCCGAUACUCAAACUACAGUACGACAAUCUCAAAGAUCUCACCGCCCACCAUUAAGUUAUUAA